CAUCCAUAUUUCAGUUCAACCGUCUCGUUUCUUCAAAAUUUCAUUUACCAUGACGCUGCAACUAGCGAUCGUAGGAUUUCUGGUACUCUCACUUCUUAUUCCGGGUUCCGUAGAAGAAAAACAAAUACGGCGAAAACGACAAGGUUGCGCUGGCUGCGGCGGAGGCUACUACAACCCCUACCAAUCUUACUCACCCUACUCACCCUACUCACCCUACUCACCUUACUCACCUUACUCACCUUAUCAACCUUACCAACCUUAUUCGCCUUAUACUCAGCAGUGUAUCGGACCGUGCGUAAAUGCUCAGUGCCCUGUCGGUUACACCUGUGUUAAUGAACAGUGCUGCUCCAGUGCUUAUGGAAAGUGAAAUAAGUCAGAAACUCGGAGAAGUGCAGAGAAUCGUUGUUACAUACUUGUGUGAUAAAGCUUCCGAAGC